UGGUCUCUAUUUGGAGCACGCGCUAGCUGGCUGACGUAGGUAAGCAGUGCGCGCGUCCUACUCCCCUGAGGAAGGAGAGCGUGAACGCGCAUCUAUCCUCCUCGCUGCAACAGUAAAUGCGGGCAUCCAGACGCCCGACUGAGUGCGGCGGUUCCUUCUCGAUAGCUCGGAUGCCAGUACAUGGAAAGGGCGAAACAACCACGAACACAAACAAACCCAAGCCAAACCGAUUCGGAGAGAAGGCAAAUGCGUAUUGUCACGGACCCUCAGUGAUGCUACUGCAAGUUGAAGUCCUGGAAGUAAAACCGCAGCAGAUUGGGAAUAAACGGAUUGGAGAUCGGCAUUGCUCAUUGCAGAGCGCACUCACAUCAUUGGGAAUACAGAGACGCAGCGUGGAUUUACCGGAGUCCUCAGUUUGUGAACUGAAGUCAACCCAUUUCCUGCAACGUAUUUUCUUUUCGUAACAUUCUUUUCUUUUCUAUUUUUUUCCUGCUGUUGUGUUUCAUUAGAUUUGUUAUCCCCUCUGUGUUUUAAUGUUAAGUAUCUACCCUUUUCAUUUUAUUUUCUCAUCCUGGGUUCGUCUUUGCGAGGGUAGAUUGUGGUGAACGAUACUCGAUCUCUCAAACUGAGUCGUGUCAUGGAUGGCAAAUUUCAUUUGCAUCUACGGAUCAAAGCGGGGAAUAUAGAAUAACUACUGCUGACAGAGACAAGGACAAAUGACAUAGGAUGAACACUGCUGGUCAUCUCUGUCUGUCUGUGCUGUCGUACCUUUUUGGACUGGCCUGGGCCACGGAGCCGCUAGGUCAGGCUGCCCCCUGCUCCUCUCUGGUGGCUGGGGUCUUGUACGGCUCCUUUUCGCUCAGGGACCUCUUUCCCAGCCCGUCGGCUCUGGCAUCCGGAUGCUCGUGGACUGUGGAGAACCCUGACCCCACCAAGUACUCACUCUAUUUCCGUUUCAAUCGCCAUGCCGGCGCCUGUUUAGCUUUUUCCCCUCUAGUGCUGCCCUUGGACCACUACCUCUCAAAUCAGACUUGUGGCCCCCCAGACCAGGCCUUUCCUUCAGUCUCUGAAGCCGUUGAGCUCUGCAUGGUCCCUGGACCACACACCUUCCUACAGUUUGAUAAAAACUUUGUGCAGUUGUGCUUGACUGCUCACCCCAGCGCAGACAACAAUAGCGAGGAUGAGCAAGGGGCAACCACUCUGUCGGCGGAAACUCUCGACUUCCGGCUCGUAGAGGUACUGCUUAUCAACAACGAAAACUCCAGUCAGUUUACGUGUGGGGUCCUGUGUCGAUGGUUCGAGGAAUGCUUGCACGUCGGCUCAGGUUGGGAGGCAGAGAGCUGCAGUAUCACCCAAACGGGUUGCGUUUGCCCCAACACUGCGCCUCCGGUCUUGCUUUUGCCCACCACACCCCACAAUCGCUCCUUAGACCCAGACGCCAGUGUGUUGCAAUCGCCACCCGACGACUGUUGUGUCACACAGCUGCAUUCAAAGACUGGCAUCGCUAUCGCACCAAGAGAUGUCAGGCAAGAACCUGAUGACGAUGAGCAGAAGGUGAAGACACAGAGACCAAGAUCAGCUGACCAGCCAGGUGUGUUCCAGGCUCAGACAGGUGACCCAGCAGCAGAGGAAUGGUCUCAAUGGAGCGUGUGUUCGUUGACAUGUGGGCAGGGUUGGCAGGUUCGUUCUCGUUCGUGUGUAUCUUCUCCAUACGGGACCCUCUGCAGAGGCCCGCUGAGAGAGACCCGACUGUGUAACAAUACUGCCACCUGCCCAGGUGAGCCGCAGCAUCAAGCAGUGCAUGGGCUGUGGGAGGAGUGGUCUUCAUGGAGCUUGUGCUCAGUCACGUGUGGCCGUGGCUCUCGGACCCGAAGCAGGAUCUGUGUGGUACCUCUUCUUGGAAGCAAGGGCUGUGGAGGGCCCGAGGUGCAGACCAAACUCUGCAAUAUAGCUGUUUGCCCUGUAGAGGGCCAGUGGUUGGACUGGGCGGCCUGGUCUCAGUGCUCUGUGUCCUGUGGUUCUGGCACUCAGCAGAGACAGCGGCGAUGCAGUGUGCCGCUACAUGGCUGGGCAGAGUGCAAAGGCCCGCAUGCCGAAACUCGCGAAUGCACCAACUCAUCUUGCGGGGGUGGAGGUAACUGGGGAGCUUGGAAUCACUGGAGUCUUUGCUCCAAAACGUGCGAUUCCGGCUGGCAGCAGCGUUUCCGGAUGUGUGAAGGCACAGGGAUCCAGGGUUACCCAUGUGAUGGCUCCGGAGAGGAAGUGCGUGCCUGCAAUGACAAGAAGUGCCCAGCAUCUCAUGAAAUCUGUAAAGACGAGUACCAAGUAUCCAUGACGUGGAAGAGAGCAUCAGCUGGAGAGACUGUAUACAACAAGUGUCCAUCAAAUGCCACUGGAUCUGCUAGUCGUCGUUGUUUGCUGGACGUUAAUGGAGUUGCUUACUGGGGUCCUCCGAGCUUCGCCCGAUGUGUCUCACUCGAAUAUAGAUAUUUACAUUUAUCUUUGCGAGAACAUCUUGCGAAGGGUCAGAGGACCCUGGCAGGGGAGGGCAUGUCUCAGAUCGUGAGGAGUCUCCUGGAGUUAAUGUCCCGUAAGGAUUAUUAUAGCGGUGACCUCUUAUUCUCCGUGGAGAUUCUCCGAAAUGUGACGGACACCUUCAAGCGAGCAACCUACAUCCCAGCUCCUGACGACGUGCAGAAAUUUUUCCAGAUUGUCAGCUUAAUGUUGGACAUUGAAAACCUUGAGAAAUGGGAAGACGCCCACCAGGUCUCUCCAGGUUCCACAUUGCUGAUGCGAGUUGUGGAAGACUUCAUUCAUCUAAUUGGAGAAGCUCAAAAGCCUUUUCAAAGCUUUCUGGUUGUCACCAACAACCUCAUCAUCACUAUCCAACGAGAGCCGGUUUCGGCUGUAUCCAGCGACGUCAACUUUCCGAUGAAGGGAAGGAGAGGGAUGAAAGACUGGGCGCGAUCUGCAGAUGACAAACUCUUCAUUCCCAAAGAACUCUUUAUCCUUUCUUCAGAUGAAUCCGAUGACACGCCGUACUUUGUCAUUGGAGCAAUCCUGUACCGCACCCUCGGCCUCAUCAUGCCUCCACCCAAAGAUCCAUUUGUGAUCAGCUCAAAGAUACUGACAGUGACGGUGCGUCCUUUACCGAAGCCCACCGAGCCGCUGGUAUCAGUAGAGCUCGCCCCUUUGCUUAACGGUACAGUGGAUCCUCAGUGUGUCGUCUGGGACUAUGAAAACCCAGAGGCUGGCGAGGAAAACUGGGACACAGAAAGCUGCCAAACGCUUCCGUCGCCGGCACUCUCCCACACCAAAUGCCUGUGCAGCAAGCUGUCCACCUUCGCAGUUUUAGCACAGAAAGCUAAGGAACCGGGUAUGGGACCCUCCAGUAUGCCGUCUGUGCCCCUCAUGGUGGGCUGUGGCAUAUCCUGCACGGCUCUACUCAUCCUGCUGCUCAUCUACGCUGCCUUUUGGAGAUACAUCCGUUCAGAAAGGUCCAUCAUCUUGGUGAACUUCUGCAUGUCCAUACUAGCCUCCAACGUGCUUAUACUAGUAGGACAGUCUCAGACUCUCAGUAAGGGGCUGUGCACUGUGACUGCUGCCUUUUUGCACUUCUUCUUUCUGGCCUCUUUCUGCUGGGUGCUGACAGAGGCGUGGCAGUCCUACCUGGCCGUGAUUGGCAAGAUGAGAUCCCGCCUCAUUCGAAAGCGUUUCCUGUGCCUGGGCUGGGGUCUUCCUGCCCUUGUGGUUGCUGUAUCUGUGGGCUUCACCCGGGCUAGAGGUUACGGCACGCCAAAUUAUUGCUGGUUGUCUUUGGAAGGCGGGCUGCUCUAUGCAUUCGUUGGCCCUGCUGCCGUCAUUGUACUGGUCAACAUGCUAAUUGGAAUAGUGGUCUUCAACAAGCUCAUGUCAAGAGAUGGCAUCUCAGACAAGUCCAAAAAGCAGAGAGCAGGCCCGCCAGUGGAGGCACGUAGCAGGCUGCUCCUGAAAUGCUCCAAGUGUGGGGUGAUCUCCAGUACCGCCUUGUCCAGCUCUACCGCCAGAAGCGCCAUGGCAUCUUUAUGGAGUUCUUGUGUGGUUCUCCCUUUGUUGGCUCUCACGUGGAUGUCAGCAGUGCUGGCCAUCACCGACCGCCGCUCCACGCUCUUCCAGGUGCUCUUCGCUGUCUUUGACUCAGUCCAAGGCUUUGUUAUUAUCACCGUGCACUGCGCCAUGCGCCGAGAGGUGCAGGAUGCUGUGCGUUGCAGAAUGGGUGGCUGCAAAGACGACAGUGAAAACUCCCCAGACUCCUGCAAGAACGGCCAGGUGCAGAUCAUGACUGAUUUUGAAAAAGAUGUGGAUUUGGCCUGUCAAACGGAGAGAGGACACCCAUUCAUCUUUAAGGAGGUGAAUACCUGUAACCCUGCUACCAUAACUGGCACUCUAUCACGCAUCUCCCUGGACGAUGAGGAUGACCCCAAGUUGGCGGCCCACCAGGAAGGAGUCAACUUCAGCAGCCUGCCUGGGAACAUCCCACCACCUAACCUCUUGGUGCAAGUACCUCCACUGGGUCCCCUGAACGAGCUUAGCGAACAGUCACUGAAGAAGGAGGUCAAUAUGGACCAGCAAAGUCAGCACCAGCGAUCUGGACCCAUCUACUUGUGUACUGAGAGUGGGCUGGGCUGGGCCCGACCAAACCCUCCUUCCACCCAAGAUUCAGCAGGCGUUGGAAGCGGUGAAGGAGACUAUAUGGUUCUACCACGUCGGACAGUCAGUCUUAAGCCCCCUCCUCCAUCCCAAGAUGAGGGCAAGCCCUUGAACAUUACAGUAGAUGAUCCACCCUUUCCCCCACCCCCUUCACCCUUGACUCUACAUCCAGCCGAGAGCGAGGCGUACCCAGCGGACUUUGCAACCAUGGACCACAUCAGCAUGAACUUAAACCGCUCUUAUGGCACGCUGAAACAGCUGCCAGCCCAUGCCGGGCACACGCACUCUCACACCAACACCCAUACCCUACAGGUCAAGCAGAAUCGACCCUCUCUCCGGCAGAUCCUUACCUCGGGGACAGUAGAGCGCACCAGAACCCUUCCCCGCAACCUGGGCAGCACCAACUCCAGCCACUCAGCUGGAUCUUUGGAAAGGAAAAGGGUUCGGUACUCUGAGCUGGACUUUGAGAAAGUGAUGCACACUCGCAAAAGACACUCAGAGCUGUACCAUGAACUCAACCACUCCACCAAGUUCCACACCAUAGACAGGUAUAACAGGGACCCUGCCAUGUCCUCGUUUAAGAGGGAAAGGCGAUGGAGCAUUUCGUCUGCCGGAGGUGAAAAGAAUUCCUCGAGUGACAAAUCCACCACAGACGACCAGCGAUCUUGGGACAGCUUUAAAACCAUGAACCCUGAGCAGUCGUAUGGCAGCAGUGAACACAAGGACAGGCUGGAGUUACUCAGUAAACCCUGGGACACUUCCUCCGCAAUCACACCGGACACGUCCGAAGGAGACUUCCAGACUGAAGUGUGAAGAAAACACACGUCAUCCACAAACUGAGCGAAGACUAAACUCUCGUACAGUACAUACACCGUCUGUGAUCUUCAGCAGGACGUUCGCUAAAGGAUUCUGUACUUGUUUACAGGUGCGAGGACAGAUCAGAGAAGAAGAAGCUCUAUUCUAUAUUUUCACACAGAGACACUAAAAGAACGUGUGGGGCUGGGAGUGUAUGGUAAACAUUUUUAACAAACUGUUUCUGAGAUGUCUUGAUUUUACUCCAGAAAAGAUUCUCUUUCACCUGUUUGCAGAUUUGGGAAUUUAAAAAAAGUAAUAUUUCUGCACCCUUCUUUUUAUAAUGGAGAGAAAAAAUCCAGUACUAAUGAUUCGCACACUGUUGAACCCUUAGGGUUUUUCCUCUUUUUCAUUCCUUGGAUGAUUCUAGUUCCGUUAUAGUUUAUCUUUUUGGUUUUUUGGGGAGAGAGGGAAAGUUUUAAAACGUUCAUUAAUAUGUGCCAUCUUCUGCUUUUCAUCUCUGCAUCAGACAUACGGUACACCACACACAACAUCAUUUUAGUGUUAAAUAUCUUUUGUGUGUGUGUGUUUUCAUUUUGAUUGUUUGUCCGAUCUUCGAUUUUUGUUUCCUAAAAAGUCACCUAAACUUCAGGUAUCAUGUUUUUGCUAGGCACUGAUAAAGGAUUUAGAGACUUUUGAUUUAUGUUUUCCAAAAUGUGGGGCAGAAAAUAUUGUGCGUUACGUGUGAUUUGAUAUCAUUUGCAACAGCUGUUCAUGCACACUAGGAAAAUAUUUUUGAUCCCGCUUAGCUGUGAGCCUUCAAUCCUACACAAAACAAAAAGGAGAAAUCACAUUUAUUUUCCUCAGUUAUUUCCCACUGUUUUCCUGGCAGCAUGGCGUUCCAGAAUGGGUUUACCCAGUAGGACAUAGACACACCUGGAUCUGAGUACUAAAUUUAAAGAACUGCUAGUGUUUACCAUUGCUUUUUCAUUUUGAUCUACCAACAUAAAAGUGAAUGAUGGUGCCAAGUUUCCACAUAGUACUUCUGAUACUUUCCCAUCUUUGUGCUGUGCUGUACUGUGUUAUGUUUCUGCUUUUGCAGAAAGUGGCGGUUUGUGAUGUUUUCAUUUAAAUCCAAUGCUCUGUUUCAAAACCUAAUGAGCUGCCUACGGAGGAAGCGUUUUAGGACUUUAUGAGUUCGCUCCUGACGCGGAGGCUGUUCUAUAAUGCAGGCAACCUAAUUAUGCUGCCUACUAAGAUGCCUUGUUUUACCCAAAUUCUAAGUCAGUAUUGCAUGAAUCCUUUGCGCAGAGGGCCAUCCCACAAUGCACUGUGACAACCCAGAGGAGAAAAUAUUGUUUAGAGGUUUUCUUUAUUUUAGUUCAGGAGGACUUAAAAAUGCCAGGGUUAUUUUCAACCCAGCGAUGGGUCCAAAAGGGACGAGUCCAGCCCCUUGGGUUGUAAUUUAACUUUGUUUCUAUCCCAAAAUGCAGGGCUGUUUUAGCCAAUUGUUGGGUCAAGUAUAACCAUUUUCAAGGGUUAAUUUAACCCAAUGGCUGGGCUCGUCCCUUUUUGACCCAAUGCUGGGUUGAAAAUAACCCAGCUUUUUUUAUUAUAGUCAAAUGAUGUUGAAACCUAUCCCAGCAAUCAAUAGCUGUCAUUACACCAUUUAGGUUAAAGGGAUAGUUAACUCAAAAAUGAAAACUCUGUCAUCAUUUACUCAUGUUGUUACAAACCUGUAUAAAUGUUGUUGUUCUGAUGAACACAAAGGAAAAUAUUUUGAUACAUUUUGUACAAUGGGGUCCACGAUGGGGUUUGGUUAUAAACAUUUUUUUUUCAAAAUAUCUUCCCUCGUGUUCAUCAGAACAAAGACAUUUAUACAGGUUUGUAACAACAUGAGAGUCAGAAAAUGAUGACAACAUUUUAUUUUUUUGGUGAACUGUCCCUUUAACUAUAGACUAUUAUAGUUUGGCUAUGAGUAACCAACUUCUAGCCAAAAUAAACUUGAAUUUGGUUACAUGUCAUUUUUGCCAAAAUAACUUGAGCAAUAUAUACGAUAUUCCAAAGUCACCAAUGUUUUUGGUGUCAUUUAUUUAUAUUAUAUUUUUUGACAUCUAUUAAACUACCAAAUUUCACCUUUUUUUAGCCUAGACGUCUGGGCUGUGUUUGGACGACUAUUUCAGGUUUUAUAAAUGCAAAAUCUAUUGCUGGGAUGAAAUAAAUGUUAAAAUGCAUUAAGAGCAUGUAGCUAUAAAACUUUUUAGAUCUGGAUUUGGGUAAAUUUGAUGAAAAAUAUUUAAGUGCACACUGAAACCUUCAAAAAUCUUGAUUGCAUAUUGAAUUUGACCUUAGACAUUGUUAAGAUGGAGACGUUUGUGAGAUUUCUCAGACUUUUUCUAAUUAGAAAUAUCUGAGAAAGAACUUAA